AUGCGUUGCAAACGUGCGAAUUCUCGCCCUCCACGGGACAAGCAGGAGCGGCGAGCUUGCCUGAGCCAGGAGGCACGAGAUGAGGGGGGGUGGCUCAAAAGAGCGGAGAGCCAAAAUCCCGGCCGCUUGCCCUGCUCUAGAGCCUUCCGUGAGGAGCAGCCGACGCGCAGCCCGCGCCCAGCUCUGCUGCCGCUCCGGCUGCUGUCGGGCAGGACGGCCUGCGGGGGGAGGGCGCGCCAGACGUCCCGGGACUCGGGCGAACUGCAGCAGCGUUGCGCCGCGCCGCGGGCAGAGCGCCGCUGGUCCCCGGCCGCGUUUCUCGGGCGGAAGAGCGGCGCCGAGCACACCUGUUGCCGCUGCUCCCCAGCGGGCUCGGGCUCGGGCUGGGGCGCCGAGCUGCGGGAACGACUUCCCCGCGUGCAGGGCAGCCCCCAGGGGAAGGGCAGCCAUGCGCUCGCCGGGCAGCGUCGUCUCCCUGUGCGUGGCUCUGCUGUGCUUCCAGGAAGCGCGCUGCCAGCAAGAAAUCAGAAUGUUAAUUUCUUCAAUAUUUCUGCAGCUCUAGAAUGUCUUCCUGAUGGUCAUCAGAUCCUUCAUAAUCCAUACCGAAGCACUGAUUUUGAUUCAACACAACUUCAGCAAUCAGCUAUUCAGGACUUAAUAUGUGACCAUUCCCUGGAAUCUGGAUGGUACCGCUUUCUGCUUUUUGAUAAACAGGCUGAAAUGCCAACCAAGUGUGUGGAGAUGAAUCACUGUGGAACACAGGCCCCUGUCUGGUUGUCUCUGAGAGAUUCAGAAUCCAUGCCUCGACCUGGCGAGAUCAAACGCUUAACAGCCUGUGCAACAUGGCAGUUUUUCUUCACUACAAUGGAUUGCUGCCUUUUCCGAAUUCCUGUUAGUGUGAGGAACUGCGGAGCUUUCUUUGUGUACUUGCUUCAGCCUACCCAGGGGUGCAUGGGAUAUUGCUCAGAAGUUAUUUCAGAUGCCAAGCUGCAGGACUGCCAACCUGGGGAGACAGAAACUGAAACAUCCUGCAACGGAAAAUUGUCUCCUUCACAAUUGCCACUUCCAUCACCUGCCCCUCCCAGCACACCUGAAAUUGUGGCAGAGUUACUGGAAGGCAGCAUUUUCUUAAGAUGCACCUUUGAUGUUCCCUCUAUAAACACCACAGUGGGCUUUAUUGUGUCUUGGUCCAGAUUGUCUCCUGAAGGCAUCAAAGAAGAGCUGAAACAAGAGACAACAGUCCAGGCAUUUUCACUUUUAGAACUGGAUGGUAUAAACAUCAGACUCGGAGACAGGAUUUACUGUGGCAGUUCUACCUUUUUCUUAGAAAAUCCAGAAAUUCAGAGCUCAUUUAUUGAGAGCAAGGAAUUUUUUGUGGGAAUUAAGCUGAUUCCUGAGGCCUUUACCAUAUCAGAGGAUGGAAAAGAAUACAAGCUGACAAUAGAGAGCAAAAUUCCCAUUCCUUGCCCUCAAGCUAGUCCACUGGAAAAUGACUGCAAAAUCUCAUUAAAAUUAAAUACGGUAGAAGAAGGUAAUGAUCAUCAGAGUUUAAACUUGGCUCUAUCUUCUUGUCACGUGGAUCUUCUUCUGCACCCCUGCCUCAAUGGAACAUGUGGCCAUGCCAGUGUCCAAUAUACCGCUGUGACAGAUUUGAUUCAAGAUGGAGACAGAAGAACCAGGAUUGUGGUGGAACCUAUCGUUAGUGACCAUUUUCUGUGGAACGGUUACACUCCUGAGAGUGUUCAGGUUACUGUGAAGGAUCUCCCUUCUGCCUAUUGCUACUCCUUUACCGACCCACAUAUCAUUACAUUUGAUGGUUUUCAGGUUCCAGAAAUUACAGAGCUGGAUAAUGGAGGAUUAUGUGAUGUCCGGCAGUAUGACUGCACAACUGUAAGAGCUUUUGGCCAUGGCUUCAUGGACUCGCCAAGCCUCAGAUGUGAAAUUAACAAAUUUCAGUACAGUGAUAACAAAUGGGUGCUUGGAGAAUCUGUAUUCUUCCCUGCUGCCUUCCACAACACCAGGACCGUGUCUUGCCAGCUUCCCACUGAAGGGCAGCAGUCUCAUCCUAUGAACCUAUUGAAUAACCAGCCCACUGCAAGGUGGCAAAUCAAGAUUUCUAAUGAUGGGUUCACUUAUAGCAACCCUAAAGCAGUGACUUUAUUUGAUGGAGUUUGUCAGAUAUGUGAUCCACAAUCUGAUGGAUUAUGCAUGUUAAAGGAGAAGACAUGUAACAUAGAUGGAAUUUGUUAUGGUGAAGGUGACAUAAAUCCUGCCAGCUCCUGCUUGCUCUGCAGACCUGAAAUAUCUGAACUAACUUGGUCAGUUGCUGAAAGCAACCAGCCUCCUGUGUUUCAGAACAUGCAAGCCAGGCUUCAGACAUUUCAUGGGGAGACUUUUGUGUAUCAUUUCACAGCAACGGACCCAGAAGGCUCGGCUGUUGCUUUCUCGCUGAGUUCUGGUCCCCCAGGUGGCCGUCUUUCUCCUGCUGGACUGCUGAUAUGGAAGGCAGUGUCAGAAAAUGCUCAGAAAUUUGCCUUUUCUGUGACAGAUGAGUGCGGCGCUGAAACCAAAGCAGUAAUAGAGGUCAGCGUGAAAACAUGUGACUGUUUAAAUGGUGGAACUUGUGUGACAAAUACUAAUUUCCCCCCUGGAAGUGGGAAAUAUUUGUGUGUCUGCCUGCCAGGAUUUGAAGGUAGACAUUGCCAAGAAGAUACUGAUGAAUGCAAAUCCAAGCCAUGCUUCCCAGGAGUAGUUUGUUUUAAUACGAUCGAUUCCUACCAUUGUGGCCCAUGUCCAGAAGGCCUGUAUGGAGAUGGGAAAAUAUGCUAUAGUAAGAGAUCAACAACAUCCCCCAACAACCCAUGGCUUUUGGAAAAUGCAUAUAGCCAAAAUGAAGACCAUCAUGGAGUGAAAAUGGAUGAAAGUCUGAGUGCUGGUCAAGGAUACACAAUUGCUGGUGGCCAUAGUGAUGGAAAUGUCUCUGGUUUCCUGCAACUGUCAACUGCUUCCACAAACAUCCUCCGUAAUCCUACAGAUGCUCCCAAAAGUUUCAUUUCCUCAGAAAUAGCCACCAGCACUCCAUCAACUGCUGCAGCCCAGUUGGCCAGAUCUCCAAAUGUGUUCAUUUCACAGAGAACAGCUUUUAGAAAGCCUAUUAGCAGAGGAUACCCUGAUUAUGCAUUAAGUGUCACUACCAAAAACAUCCAUUCUGUCAAUGCAUGGAAAGACUUAGCUGUAAACUCUGCUUCUGACACAUCACUGAGAAAUAGCACAGACUCUCCUGGGAAAGCAACGGAGACACAAAACCAGACCUAUUUUCCCCUCGAGGCCGGCAUAACAUUGAGCAGCAAAGCUAACAUGAUCAAUAGGACACUGGCAACAAAGAAAAAACCCAGAGGAAGGCCAUUUGGCACACGUCAAGAUGAUACUGUAUGGUCUACCUUUGAGAGAUUUGCUAUGCCAAGCACAGAUCAAAAAGUAGUUGCAACAGCUGCCCCACACUUAUUAACCUGUGCAGAUUCACCCUGUUUCCCUGGGGUUCCUUGUGGACCAAAUGAAAGGGGGGACUUCAGAUGUGGCCGUUGUCCCUUUGGUUAUUAUGGAGAUGGGAUAAUUUGCAGAGCAAUAUGCAGACAUAGAUGUGGCAAGAACAUGGAGUGUGUGGCACCCAAUACGUGCAGGUGUAAGUCUGGCUACUCUGGCCGUAGUUGUCAGGCUGCUUUGUGUCGACCAGACUGCAAAAACCACGGGAGAUGCAUCAAGCCCAAUAUAUGUGCAUGUCUUCCAGGAUUCAGUGGUUUCAUCUGUGAUGAAGCACAUUGUAAUCCACCUUGUCAACAUGGAGGAACCUGUCUCACUCGAAACCUCUGCACCUGCCCAUAUGGGUUUGUGGGUCCACGGUGUGAAACAAUGGUUUGCAACAGGCACUGUGAAAAUGGCGGUGAAUGUCUUACUCCAGAUGUCUGCCAGUGCAGAACUGGCUGGUAUGGACCCACAUGUAGCACAGCAGUGUGUGACCCGGUGUGCCUCAAUGGUGGAUCCUGUAUUAAACCAAAUAUAUGCCUUUGCCCAAAUGGAUUUUUUGGUGCCUCUUGUCAGAAUGCUGUCUGUAACCCUUCAUGUAAGAAUGGUGGCCUCUGUAGGAGAAAUAAUGUUUGUGCAUGUCCUGAAGGCUACAUUGGCAGAAGGUGUGAAAAAAGUAUCUGUGACCCAGUGUGCAUGAAUGGCGCAAGAUGUGUCGGCCCGAAUAUGUGCUCCUGCCCAUCGGGAUGGAGAGGCACAAGAUGCAAUACACCUAUAUGUCUUCAGAAGUGCAAGAAUGGGGGUGAAUGUAUUGGACCAAGUACUUGCCAUUGUCCUCCAGGGUGGGAAGGAAUUCAGUGUCAAACACCUGUGUGCAACUGGAAAUGCCUAUAUGGAGGGACAUGCAUACAGCCCAAUGUUUGCUCUUGCCGUCGGGGCUACACUGGCACCACCUGUGAGGAAAAAAUUCAGGUAACUGCAGUAGAUGAAGGAGGAGCGGGAAGGAACUAA